GCGAUUGAAGGUGCACCCCUAAAUCUUUCCUGGAUUAUCUAUAAACGUUGGAAAAGUAUCGGACGUAACGAUAUCUGGGGUAAUUUUGAGUAGAAAUAGCCCUUUAAACGGAGAAGUAUAUUGAAAUACUAUCCCCUUGCUCAGAGUCAUGCCUCAAUUAAAAUGCUCAAUUUUAUACCGAGACACUGAUCUGUCACUUUUAAAACUUUCUCAGAGCUAUUACUUUGUGGUGAAAUCAAGAUAUUUCAUCACUCUGUCAAUUGUAACGUCAUAAAGCAGUUUAUUGUUUUGGCGUAUUUGCGCGGGAACGUAGUUCUAGCCUCGGAGUCUGUACUGCUUGUCGUUGGUGUUUUAUCUGUGCUAAAUAUGUUACACUUGUUGAAUUUUGCUGUAUCAAGAUGAAUUAACAUGAAUGUGUAUCAAACUGUCAUGGAUCUGUAACAUAGUACAUUGUACAUGUAUAUAUCAUCGGAUAUGUAUGCAACAUCAAAAUUAAUUAUCCCACCUAAACCAGCUAGAGAUUCACCUUUCAUACCCAAGUUGCGAAUUCGCCUUCGCCAUUCACCUAACAAUAUUUGUGGAGGGCAUGAUCCAACACUCGACAUCAAACACAGCGGUUCUCCCCAUUCAGCUGGUGAUUGUGACGAUGCAUCUCAUGCAAACAUUGGUUCUUUGCUGGGUGGUGAUCCUUUUACACGACUUGGAGAGGAUUCGACGAAAGAAUCAAAUUCAGAUCCUUUAACUAAUUUGAGUAAGGCUUCUAGGCAGUGCGGAGAGUUGUCUGGUUUCACCUCAGGUUAUAACAUGAGAAGGACGACUGCGAAGAGAAAACAGGCUUCUUCUUUUUUGGAUACGCUUGAUCUUGAAAAUCCUAACUCAAUUUUAACGAAAGUGAAUCUUAAAUUGCUUAUCAACAGAGAAACAUUCUUCUCGCUCCCGGUAGACGUUCAACAAAUACUUUGUCAACUUCUCCCAUUGUUUGAUCACUGCAAACAAACUUCCUCAGAUAACUGUGUUUUCGAUGAGAAUGACUGCAGUCCCUCUCAUUCCCUAUCUUCUGGUAUUGAGUUGCCUGAACAGUCAAACUCUGUAUGGUUGCAUCCAACUGCCCUUAACAACGAAUUUUUUACGAAAGCUCUGCAAGACUUUUCUGAUCGCCAGGCCAAAGGGGAAUUCACUCCACGUAUUCGAAAUCGAGCUGGUCUCCGGGCUCAUGUUGGAAAUCGGUAUCGAUACACGCCUUUCAGCGAAUCACUACAGUCCAAUGCCCACAGUAUUCAAAACAAAAAGGGCGCAAACGAAAUGAGUGCUAAAAAGUCGCCUAGUCAAGCAAGUCUGCGUCGUUCUUCUCUACCGAAGUCCAAGAAUUUCGACGACAAUCCGUCUGGCAUCGAACCUCAGCUUCAAAACUCAUCGUCUGCGCUUUCGAACUCAGCAUUUACAGAUAAUUUUGUAACUUCGACAGUUCCCUCAUCUGGUGGUAUAGCUGUUAAAAAUCCUCAAAACAAAAGAAAUCGUAAUGCAAAGUUCUCGCAGUCACCCAGUGACAGUAACAAUAAGUCUAUAACUGUUCAGUCAUCUCCAUUACAGUCGAAAGAAAAUUUGAAAAAUAAACAAGAUUGUUCAAAAGAACUAAAUGAUGCUGGGGUGGAAAGCAAACGAAACAGAACCGCAUCUCCAGACAUAUCUGAUUUGUGUCCUUUCCCGUUAGAUGAUAUGCUGGAUACAGAGAUAAAUAGCUCUGUUAAAUCUUUAGAUCUAACUGAUCUUGGGAAUGGAGAAUGCACGGACUCUGUGUGUAGCAUAUCCGAAGGAAAUCAUGGAGGUCAUUCACUGUCACUGAGUCCUUCGUAUAGUGGGAAUUUAACAUCACCUUCAUCAUUUGUUGGAGAAACAAGCCGAAACCUCACACAGUCUGAUAAGAUUUUAGAAUCUGACAGCGUCAACAGUAAACAAAUUCAUCUACGUCGACUUUCAUUGGAUUUAAAGCUGGUGAAUUCUGCUUGUAACAAACAAAACAACUCCAAUAAUUCACGAUCUUCGCGACCAUCACGUUCCUCUAAUCCCAGUAGUUCUACUGCGUCGCCUUCUAUGCCCCCACCCAGACAGACGAAGACUUUAGCCGCUAUGCGAGAAAAAUUGAGGGCAAAACGUAUGUUGAAAGAAACUGAACGUGGUGUAAUGGGCCCACGUUUUUAUGGUUUACCGGGCAGCAUGACUCCACAUCCUGCUAGCGGUUCAAGCGGUUACUUUCAGAGUCGCAAUUAUUCUUCAUCCGUCAACUUCACAACUCUGAAUGAAACAGAAAGUAAACACCCUACGUGUGUUUCUUCAUCUUGCACUCCCAUGCCAUCCCCAGUUAGCGACAGAAACAUACAAUCAGUUAAUCUCUCCUCCUUACUUAGUGAUACUCAUGAAUCGGCGCCAUCUAAUUUAGCAUCUGAAAGCCCAUGUUCUCCGCAUUCAGCUCCUAGCAUUGAUGUUAUGUCCCCCAUGCUCUCUUUAAACACUACAUCUGUAGAAAGUUCAAUUACCAACAACUCUGAUAAUUAUACUUCUUACUCCAACAGUUUUACACAGUCAUAUCCAUCCUCCCCUCAUCUUACUAAUUCAAAUACGAACGUCAUUCUACAACAUCCUAUCUCUUCACAUUCACCUAGUCCUGUGCAUCCGUCACAGUUGCAUCGAUUCGAACAGAGUGUAUCUGCCCCACCCACUCCUUCAAAUCCUCAAUCAGGACAAAACUUCAUAAAUUACUCUCAUCCAUUAGGGCCUCCUUUCUCUUGUUCAGGAAAUUGUUCUAGUUCUUCAGCCCCACUACGCACGUCUCAAGUAAGUCCGGUUGUGUCUGUUGGUUCGUAUCCAUCUCCCGUGUUCAUAGCCAAAUCCACAGUGACAUCUACCAUUCGAUCAAACAGUUCAGUUCUAACAGAUUCACAUCUCACUCAUAACUUGAAUAAUCCAGUCUCAAGUAGUGGCAGCCCGACCAUUAACGUGAAUUGUACAGUUUCGGAAUGCUCAACUGUAUCUAAGUCAGUUAGCCAAGCAUUCUCUCCUUUUGUAGAACCUGUGACUUCGGUGCAAGCGACAAUAAAAUCUGUUCCAACUCUUGACACAAUCUCCAUCAGUCCGUUGAAAUCCGUCUCAAGUGUGACAAAAUUACUGACUUCUAAUUCUCGCCAAAAUCGUUCCUCAACAACAACGCGCGCUUUCUUUGUCGAUGGAGAUAACUUGUCGGAAGCCGUUGCAUUUCUUCAGAGUUUAAACCCAAAAGCUACAAUUACUCAACAACAGUUCUUGCUUAUUCCUGGUGCCAACAAAUCACAAAUGUUCUUAUGCAGAGCACCUGUUACGUGUUCAUCUGAUAUUAUAUCUUCAAGUGCAUCACAAACUACAGUUUCUGUUUCACAUACUUCUCAGACAUCUGGAAUGAGUAACCCACUACUCGUAACAAAUUCAGGAAAAUUGAACACCGAAAACCAACCUAAUUCCGUUUGUACACCUAUUGUUUUGAACGAUAUCCCAUCAACAUCUUGUCCUCGUGAGAAAAACUGUUUGCCGACCAACAUUUCAGUUACUGAACCAUGUAGACCUGGUAGCGUCUAUAUGACGACAAACAACGAUGGUUCAUUUCCUAAAGUCAUGAAAAACUCAGCAGAGUUGCAGGUGCCUCGAUCUCUAGUUUACUCAAAAUCCAUUAAUGUCUCUGCUCCAAAUGGACCAUCAUUUCCUUUAAAUAUUUUAAUUUCCCAUCCUAAAGUUUGUGAGACCAAUAGUGAACGCCCGUCUUUACUUCAUGUUGUGAAAUCAGUGUCAUCGUCGUCCAAAUUAACUAUUCCCUCAUCAGCUAAUUCAGUCUCUUGUUCACACCAUGCAGCUGUACCGGCACUUUUUAAUUACAAGCAACCUGUAUCCCAUCCUCAGCUCAAUGUUUCAUUGCUAGCUCCUGGACCAUCUGUUAUAAAUAAUGAAGUUCCUAUACUUUUUGUUCAAGAUCGUAAUCAGCAUCCUGUAAGAUCACAAACUUCAAGUCGACCUGUUAACUGGGUACAACAUAGUUCAUUUGAUCACCACACAGACCUAACUGACCGGUCGUCUGUUAGUUUACCUAUUAUACCGACUGCAACUGUGAUAACAACACACGCAAAUAACACCGGUGAAUUUCGAUGUUUUCCUCGUCCAGUAGCUAGAUCUGCACCGUCUAUGCAAAUUUCAAACAACGUAUCUGUUUCAAAUCACUUCGGUUUUCAGUCAAUACAGUCUGGGCAACCACAGAACCCAGCAGGAACCUCUCCGUUUUUAUCCGGCCCAACUGCCACUAUUAUGUCUCCAUGCCUACCUGCCGUGAUUCUUUCACAUCCAAUAACAAUUCAGUCAACUAGUAACAUUGCUCCCUGUCAGCAGAACAUUUUUACUAAGUCUCUCCCAUAAGCACUGCAGUAUGAAAGUAACCUACUACUAAACAGUAGCCCUGUUCAUUGUUUUUGUCUAAUGCAAAUGCACGAUUAAUAUCUCUUCCAGAUAUCCUAGAGAGGCUCAACAGUAACCUGGGUUGUUCAUACGUAAAUCUAUUCUAUCAUAGAGUUCAUUUUUUUCUUCCAAGUUGUCUACUACCCCUUUGAUAAAGUUCUUUUUUAUCUCUAAAGAAAAUUGGAAAUCUGUUUAGAUUUUCUUCCUUCUGAUUUUUGUGCGAUAGCUCCGCUUUACUCUAUCUUGAAAAUCCAAAACUCUACUGUAUCUAAAUGACAAUUUUAUUUGAAAAUUUCUAGGUUAAAUUCCUCAUAUUUUUCUCCGAAAUGUCUUCUCCCGAUGUUCCACUUCGCCGUAUUUAUCCCAACUAGACUUCUUCGUUUAGUUAUAAAUUUGGUUUUAGAGGAAUUUAUGGCUGUGUCCAUUCAGGAAUCUGCUUUUUCUUUGCUGUUUUCACAUCAUUUCUCACACUACCUGCAACUUACAUUUGCGUCAGCGCGCACAUAUUUACUUAAAUUUAAUUGACCUGAAAUCCUUUCCAUAAGUUGAUUCACACAAAUUUCUAGAGGGGAGUUGAUACUGUUUACUUAGCUUUCCUACUGACAUGCUUUUUCGUCCACUUAUUUACCUCAAUAAUGGUUUAUUUGAUUGUUUAUAUGGGUGUAUUGCGUAGUUGUACAGUAUUUCUUUGUAUUCAUUCGAAGUCUGUUUUGAUAACGUCUGACUCAUUUUACCUAAUAUUUCUUUUAAAUUUGUCUUAUAUAAUACAAAAGUUAUUUAUUUUGCUUUUCUUCCCGUCAUAAUUAUGAUUUUAGCUUACUGUUUCCUCGAAGAAAAACAUUGUCAUGUAUGUAUGGCAUAUUUAAGCGUAUCUUAAUUCAGCUUUAAUAUCUAAUAUACCAGUCAUUUAUCAGAACAGUAAAGGAUGCGUUUUAUCUACUCUUCUAUGGGUACUACAAUCUCCACUGACAAACUCUACCGCAUUAUCAUUAUCUAUAUCGCUCCAUGUAAAAUCUAAUAAGGUGUGUACAUAGAGACUGGUUAACGAAUC